CGAGUUUUCAAUCCUGGGACAUCAAGUUGGUCAUCCCUAUCCUAGCUACGAAGUUUAUUCAGAAAAUCUGGGUUGAAAGAGGCAUUUUGGCAAAUCUUUAAUGGGUGUUUACUUUUUCCCACUAGAUUGGAGCACCUCGCCACAAGCGGUGCAAUGGAGUUGUCCCCUAUUGUCACUCAACCACAAUGUCACAGUACCACAAGGAGUUUUGAGUGGCAGACUGAACUCUGUGACUGCGGCGAUGACUGCAACAUCUGUCUAUGCGGAGCCUUCUGCUACUGUUGCCUGGGGUGCAUAGUGGCCAAAGACAUGGACGAGUGUUGUUCCUGUGGUCCUACUUUGGCCAUGAGGACACGAUAUCGCAGUUUGUAUAGAAUUCCGGGAUCGAUCUGCUCAGACUGCCUCAUCGUCACUUUCUGUGGUCCUUGCAACCUUUGCCAGCUCAAGAGAGAUAUCAACAGGAGGAAGCAGUUAGGGAUUUUCUAGGUUGGUCAGAGCGAAGCAGGAAAUGUGAAGAAGGAUGGCUUCACGCUCAACUUCUCAGGACUUCCGUAGAUCUUCUGCAAGUUCUUCACCGUAGAUGCUCCUUUUUCACCAUUAGCAGGAUUCCCACAGAGCUUGCUUGUUUUGGGCUUAGCAUUGUGUGGUUUGCAUAGUGGUUUACAGAUCAUAAUUUAUACCGUGUCAGCAUGUGAUUUUUAUUCCGCAAAUUGUGCCUUAUUUAAUAAAACCGGGAAUAAUGUGGGAGACUGUUGUCCAGAGUUAGGUGUUCCAACUGUUCUGACCUAGGCUUCCCGA